AUGAAGAUCGAAGAGAGAAGGAGCUCCAACGACUCAAGUGUGAAGAGCAAAAGUGGCGGCAAGGCGACCGCCCCAAGUUCUGAGAGGAAAAAAAGUGUCGGUGCAGAGGAUCGUGGCCCCGAUAAGGACAACAAAAGUGGCGGCAGCGGUGGGGGAAGCGGUGGGGGAAGCGGUGGAAGUAGUUGGAAUAACCACGGCGAAGGGACCCACAGCCGCGCGGAGAGCGUCUCCAAGAAGAAAAGCGAAAAAGGCGAAAAAGGAGAAAAAGGAGAAAAAAGCGAGAAGAAUGAGAAGAAUGAGAAGAAUGAGAAGAGCGGGAAGAGCGGGAAGAGCGAGAAGGCCGGCCAGAAGAACAUCGAGCAGGGCGGAAAAACGAAUGGCAGCCAUGCCAGCGAAAAGAACCAUGAUCAGGGAAAAAGCAAAAGCUCCUCGUCCUCCAACAGCAGAUCCAAAAUUGACAACUCAAAGACGAACGAGAAAAAGGAAAGUCUUAAAAAUGUUAAAAGCAACUCGAGCGAGUCGUUGAAGCACAAGGGAUCCAACUCGAGGGAAAGCAUCGCCUCGAGGGAAAGCUCCAAGUCGAAUAAGAGCAAAAGUGAAAAGGGAGGAGGUGGCAACAGUGGAGGAGUCACAGAAGAUGGGAAAAGGGAUAAGACCCCCCACUCCAACAGUGACAAAAAAAAGAAAGAUCCCCCGAACGACAAGCACGACGUUAAAGUAAACAACAAACUAAUUUCUAAGAAUAACAAACCCAAAAAUGUUAACAGUAAAAGUAACAGUAACAGUAACAGUGGCACCUCCACCAACCACAGUAGCAGCAGCGCUAGCAGAGGUGGUGAUGAGAAGAACAAAAUGAGCGUUCUUUCAUCCGGCGUGAAGGAGGGCGUAAAAAGCCAGGCCCCCGGCAGUAGCCACGGAGGUAGUAACAGUAGCAGCAAGGGCGGCUCAACAAAGAAUGACUCCGCAAAGGGCGUCUCAACAAAGAAGGACUCCUCCAAGGGCGGUUCCUCCAAGAGUGACCCCUCUAAGGGCGGUUCCUCCAAGAGUGACCCCUCUAAGGGAGGUUCCUCCAAGAGUGACCCCUCUAAGGGAGGUUCCUCCAAAAGUGACCCCUCUAAGGGCGGUUCCUCCAAAAAUGACCCUUCCAAGAGCGGCUCAACAAAGAAUGACGCUUCGAAGAGCGCCCCGCCAAAGGGUCUCCCGUCCAAAAACUCCACCUCGAAAAACUCCACCUCGAAAAACUCCUCCUCGAAGAACUCCUCCUCGAAGAACUCCUCCUCGAAAAACACCCCUUCGAAGAGCACCCCAGCGAAGAGCACCCCGUCGAAAAGUGGCUCCUCAAAAAGUGAGCCAUCAAAAGGAGCCCCCCCCAAGGUUGAGGCCUCCAAGGUUGAGGCCUCCAAGGUUGAGGCCUCCAAAAGUGGCUCCCUCAAAAGUGGGCCCUCCAAAAAUGAGGCUUCCAAAGGUGGCAGUUCGAAGAAUUCCCUUUCGAGAAGUGACUCCAUUAAAAGCAGCUCGUCCAAGAAUACUGUGUCAAAGAAUGACACGCUUAGAAGUAGCUCAACAAAAAGCCUUUCUAAGAACGCUAGUCAAGAAACUGUAAACAGCGAGCAUGUUAAGAAGGAGAAGAAAGCUUCGACGGCAUCGGCAGCAUCAAGCAGCAGCAAAGCAGCCCAAAAGAGCAACGAAGAUGUAGGCGAGUUGAUGAGUAGCCACACGGCUAGUUCGAAGGAGGAGAGCUCCAAGGCGAGCAGAGGUGUUUCCGACGCGAAGAAAAAGGUAAAAUCGGAUAGGUCUGAAAAAACAGAAAGGGAGAAGAGCACCAAGAGUGUUAGCGAAAGCGACAAUGAGGUUCCUGAACAGAGAAGCUCGAAGAAGAAAAGCGGAGGAACCAGUAGGGAAAACGACUCCGUGAAGAAUAACCUUUCUAAAAGCAGCAAAUCGGGAGCAACUGAAAUGGCCAGCAAGAAGGAUGUCGCGAAGAAGGGUUCCUCGGAUCAGAAGAAAAAGAAGAACAACAGUAAGGGCAGCUCGAGAAAGGAUCGUCGAGCAGACUCGAAAUCGAGCAAGAGCAAGGACAGCAGUAAGGGUAGCAGCAAGGGCAACAGUAAGGGCAACAGUAAGGGCAGCAGUAAGGAUAAAAGAAAAAGUGCGAAGUAUAACGAAGAGGAGGAGGAGGAGGAGGAGGAGGAGGACACCGAGGAGGGGGAGAGCGAAGUGGAAGAAACGGAGAAUGAUGAUGUGGAGGAAGAAGAGGAGGAGGAAGAAGAGGAAGAAGAUGAAGAAAGCGUAGAUGCGGGGCAGAGAGAAGAAGAAGAUGAGGAUGACGAUGAUGAAAAGGAUGACGGGGAUGACGAGGAUGACGGGGAUAACGAGGAUGACGGGGAUGACGACGACGAUGACGACGAUGACGAUGAUGAUGACGACGACGAUGACGACGACGACGAUGAUGAUGAGUACCAAGAAAAUGGCCCGAAGAGGCGGUCAUCUUCUUCAUCCAAGCAGGUCGCCAAAGACAGCGUGACGAAGAAGAAGAAGAAGAAAAAGAGAAGCUCCUUUAGCCUCAAAAAGAAGAAGCGGUAUCCUAAGGGAAGCCAGCAAGGUGGCAGCAAGAGCAUGAGCAAGAGCAUCAGCAAGAGCCUCAGCAAAGGCAGCAGCAAGAGCAGCAGCAAGAGCAAGAAGGCCGUGAAGAAGGAAAAGAAGAAGAACAGCCAUAACAAGGGCAAGGACAGUAGCAAGGGCAAGGACAGUAGCAAGGGCAAGGACAGUAGCAAGGGCAAGGACAGUAGCAAGGGCAAGGACAGUAGCAAGGGCAAGGGCAGUAGCAAUAGCAAGGGCAGUAGCAAGGGCAGUAGCAAGAACAAGGUGAAAAGGGAAAACGCCUCGGAGAAAGAUGCAGACGAGGAAGAAAACUCCUACUUUGACGAUCACGGCUAUUCCCUGGACGCAAGGAAAAGUGUCUUGGCGGAGAGGGAAAGGAAAAGGAAUCUCAAGGAGAGUUACAUUAAGCAGAUGAAGCUACCCACCUAUGUAGAUGAUGAAUCCAUCCUCUUUAUUAAUAAUCCCAAUUAUGUGAUGGUGUUGCUGUUCCUAACUGUGUACAAAGACGUGCUUAAGAUGAGUUGGAACUUCAAAGACAUCGAUGAAAUGUACUUUAACUCGAAGUCGAUAUUUAUGUAUAGAUAUAUUUCUCGUAUUUUUGAGGACAAGCAGGAGUCCCUGGUGAGGGUCGUAAAUUUCCACGAGCUUUUCCCCGUGCUGGAGGGGAGAAGGGAGAAGAAGAGCAAGUCGGGAGGUGGUGGUGGUGGGGGUGGCACGUCAGGUGGGGGGAGCAGUUCUAAGAAGAAGAAGAAUGAUAAGAAGAAGAAGAAAAAGAAGAAAGCGAAGGCGGAGGAGGAUGUCAAGGCGGAGGAGCUGUUUGACGAGGAGACCAUCGAGAACGACGAGGUGAACGAUGAGGUGAAUGAGGAUGCGAACGAUGAGGUGAACGACGAUGCGAAUGACGAUGCGAAUGACGAUGCGAACGACGAGGUGAACGACGAUGCGAAUGACGAUGCGAACGAGUUCGACGAGGAGGAGCCGGAUGGGGAGGACGACCAGGGGGAGGAGGACGAAAAUGACAGCGAGAACGAAGUGGACGAGGUGAUCGACGGGGACGACGCGGAAGACCCCUCCGAGGGACAGGGCCGUGACCACCCCCCUUCGAAUGAAGCGCGUGACGCGCGUAAGAAAUCGAGCAGCCAAGGCAAAGCGGAGCAGUCAUCGUCAGCGAAGCUGGUCAAGCAGGAGGAGAAGUCCCACGGGGACAGGAGCCCCCAAACGAGGGAAUCCCAAGGAAAGGGCGGACCUUCGUUACAGGACGGAUCCUCGUUAAAGAAGGGAUCCUCGUUGGGCAUCGCAAACGACGGGGAGGAUCUCCAGGCGGAGAAGAGGGACACCCCGGAAACGGUGGAAGGGGAGGAAGCGAUGGAAGGGGCGGAAGGGGCGGAAGCGGCGUCCAUCGUAAGAAGCGACCACCCUGAAGGAUUGGCGUCUCAACACGGAGUUAGCACUACGACGACCGCGGCUGCGACUGCUACUGCUACUGUGGCCACCUCUGCCGCUAACAGUAGUAAUACCCCCGGGGGGACAGAAACGGAGGGGGGCGCGAACAACCAAAGUGGCCAGCCCAUGGACGGAGUGAAGAACGAAGAGAUGCAAGAUGACAAAAGAUUGAGCAAAAAGCUGUUUCUCGAAUGGGACGACCUGAGCGUUAUAUCCAAGUUAAGAAUCAUCAGGAUGCUCCUAAAUUUAGUCCUAUGCGAAAGUAAUAACUUAAAGAAAAUGUUAAAAGAAGAAAAAAUAAACUACAACAACGGAUACUUGGGAAAAAUAAAUAAUGACAAAUAUUGGUUUAUCCUGAAUGACACGAUAAAUAUUGAGUUUAAGUUGUAUGUGGAGAAGGAGGAGAAAGGGACGUUUGAAUUUCUUUGUGACGAUGAUGAUGUCCUGUAUAGUAUAGGAUACAACCUGUUGAAGGAUACAGAGACCAAGGUGAUGGGGGAGACCAUUAUCGAGAGGUAUAAUAAAAUAUGCAGGGAGAGAAGAAAUAGAAGCAGAAUUUUGAAGCAGCAGAAGAAGCUUUGUUCUGAUUUUAAUCUGGACGGUGGUUCCUUACUCAUCUCAAAGAAGAGACAGCAUAAGCAGGUGGAGCAUUUCAACUUUGACAAUGAUAAAAUGAGAAAGAAAAAAAACGAGGGUGGUGGCAUGUAUGGAGGAGGGGGAGGUAGUAGUAGUGGCUAUGCCUAUGGUUUGAAUGCGAACAAUCCGUAUGCUUUACAAAAGAAUAACUACCAGAAGAAUGACCGGUCGUUUAGGUUGGCGGCGAGGAAUGCUCAGAAGGGCAACGGACUGGUGGGUGGGGAGCUGGAUGGAUUGGAAAAUCAGGAGUACCAGCAGAGUGGAAGUGCUACUGUUGGUGUGGAUGGUGUUAUUAGCAAGGGGGGAUUGGCGGAGGCUGCUCAGCUUAACAGUGUUGGUGGCACCGCCGUAGGAGUGUUAGCAGCAGGUGGCGGGGUAGGCGGCGGGGCAGGCGGCGCGGCAGGCGGCACGGUUAACAAUUUGCAAGGUGCCAAUGCAGGUGCGCUGGGCACGGGAGGUGUCGUGGUGAAAAUUCCCCAGAAGAGAGGUCGGAAGAAAAAAUCGGAGAAAAAAAAAAGAGGACGCAAGAAGAAGAUUCUCACAGAAGGGGGAGCACUCGCAGGAGGAUCCCUUACCGGGUUGGUCUCCGAUCCGAAUAAUCCACUUGCAGUAGGAACCCAGGUUAAGGAAAUGAAGAAGGCCAUGGGAACCACCACCAGGGUGAGGAAAACGCCCUACAGUAAAAGAACCGCCAAGCCAACUGUCUCAAUUAAGUACGGAACUAGAAGCCACUCCAUAAGUAAACAUAGAAACGAAACGAUGCCUUUUAGGGACUUUCCUAUGAGCCAUGGACUACCCCCUGAAUCGAUUUACAAAAACGGAACUGUGGACUCAAAAUAUUUCAACCCUAAUAUGCACGUUAAUAAUUUCAUAAGCCCUAACAUUAACAGCGCUUAUGGCAUGCAGGCUAAUGUGCUUAACAUGAGGGGCAACAAAAUGGACAGUCCCCCCCACCCUGGCAGCUACAACUUCCCAUACAUGUACAACCCGCAGCUGUAUGGGCAGUACUACAUGUACAAUGGGAAUAUGUAUAUGUUGAAUAACGCUUCUGGGGGGAUGUUUAGUCAGAAUGCUGGUGCGGCGGGGGGGAGUGGUGGUACUGGUAAGGAGAUCAAGAGCGAGGGCGGCUUUAUGGUGAAGGGAGGCUCCGCUGGAAAGGGGACAACGAUUAGCAGCACAAGCAGCCUGAACAACAGCGGCAUUGGCCCCGGGGGUAGUGGAGGAAGCAAGGGCGCGCUGAGCGGCAACAACCCGGAGGGCGAAGGGCCCAAUGAGAUGAGUGGAAGCGAGGGGGCUGGCCAGAUCAGCGCCCCGAUGGGUUCGUCCAUGACAACGCCUAUUUCGGCUCCCAUGAAUAUGAUGAACUCGGUAAGCGGCGGCGACGGGAUGGGCGGCGGGAUGGGCAGCGGGAUGAGCGGCGGGAUGAGCGGCGGAAUGAAUUACAUGGACCCCAUGAGCAAGUACCAGCCGUAUGUCCUAAACCGAAGCGCAGUGAAUAAUUUGCCAUCCAACCCCAUGUACAACAGCCUGUACAAUUUGAAGUUCCCUUACAUGAACAACGACAUGAUGAAUUAUAACUACAAUUUGAGUAAUUUCCAAAAUGUGGGCUACGAUAAAAUGAACAAGGUAGGAGGAGGGGGACCAGGAGGAGCACCCGGAGCACCAGGAGCCGGACCAACACCAGCAGCAGCAGCAGCAGCAGCUGGGAUGUUCAAGAGGUACCCCAAUUUCAUGAGCGGAGCUUUCCCACCCCCCUACGGCAACAUGAAUAACCCGUAUGCUAACUUCAACGCGUAUAAUAUGGGUUAUCAGAGGAGUGAGGCGUAUGGCUCGAUCCCUGCUGGAGGGGUGGGGGCUGGAUCGGGAGCGGUAGCAGCUGGAUCAGCGGCAGGGGGAACCGCGUCGGGGGGAACCGCGCCUGGGGCAGGCUCCUUUAAGAGCAAGCUGGUGGACCUGAACGCGGGCGAGAGUAGUACCGGGGUGGCAGGGGCCACUACCGGAACGUCCGUUUCCCCAACUGCAGGUGUAGGAAGCGGUUACCACAUGGCUAAUGUGAAAAGCCGAAGUGGUAACAAUGACAUGCAGAGCGCAGCACCAACCCAGGAGAAGUCGCCAACACAGUUGGUCCCAUCAGCAGCGGUACCCUCGGGUGUUAAUCCCGCAUCAGGUGAGACAAACCAGAAGGAAGAAAGAGAUCGAGUUGAAAAUUUAAUGAACUACAUGUUGAUGCACCCAGGGAGGAGUACCGCAGACAUAAAUCAUGGUAGCAAUGGAAAGAAUAACAGUUCGAUGGCUAGCUUAGAAAAUAGUGUUAUUAAGAAUAGCCUGAACGGUUCAGGCAACUUAUUGGCAGGAGGAGAGGUGUCCGCUUCUGGUGUGAUAUUGGAAAAUUCGAGCAUGAAUCAGUCGAGUAACCACCCUCGCCACGCGCAUCAUCCGCAGCCCCUUCACCCGGGUGGGGGUCCCUCGGAAGGAGGCUUAAAGCUGAAUGUAAGUGACCCAAGCGGAAAUAACUACCUAUCCAUGCAUUGCGGAAAUGCAAGCAACCGGAGUUGUAGCUUACCCAACACGGGGGAUCAGAUUCCCCUGAGUGGCGUUAACAAUAACUUCGCAAAGGAUGGAGCCAGUGGAUCGGAUGAGGCGGCAAACAAGGAGGGGAAUGGUAGCGGUUAG